AUGCAGACGAAGCGCUUCUUGGGCCUCAAUGGCACCAAGCUUCAGAUCGCCAUCGGUCUGUUGGCGGGCAUGGACUUUUUGCUGUUCGGUUAUGAUCAAGGUGUGACUGGUGGUCUUUUGACACUCGACUCAUUCGUCAAAUACUUCCCCUCUAUCGACUCGACUGGAGCUAGCGCAACCAGUUCUGCUUCCACCCGUCAAGGUAUCACUGUCGCCGCCUACAAUCUCGGAUGUUUUGCCGGAUCAAUCCCGACCAUCUGGGUCGGUAACAUGCUCGGUCGUCGGAAGGCCAUUUUCCUCGGUUCCUUUAUUAUGGUUAUUGGUGCGAUUCUGCAAUGCACUUCCUACGAACUCGCCCAGCUGAUCGUGGGUCGUCUGGUCACUGGCUUUGGAAACGGUAUCAACACAUCUACCGUCCCGACCUGGCAGUCCGAGUGUUGCAAGUCGCAUCGCCGUGGUCAGAUGGUCAUGAUUGAGGGUGCGAUGAUUACCUGCGGUAUCACGAUUAGUUACUGGGUCGACUUCGGUCUCAUGUUUACCGACCCCAAUGAGGUAGCUUGGCGAUUUCCCCUGGCAUUCCAGAUCUUCUUUGCAGCAAUCAUUCUGGCCUUUGUCAUGUUCCUGCCCGAGUCCCCUCGCUGGCUCAUCCUGAAGGGUCGCGAGGAAGAGGCCCGCGAGGUUCUGGCUUGUUUGAUGGGCGAUGAAACCGAUGAGAUCUUUCUCGAUACCGAGUUCACGGCCAUCAAAGCCACUGUCUUGGAGAUGGCUAAGGGUUCGUUCCGCGAUAUGUUCACUAUGGGUCCAGAUCGUCACUUCCACCGUACGAUGCUCGCCUACGUCAACCAGAUGUUCCAGCAGAUUUCGGGUAUUAACCUGAUCACCUACUACAUUCCCACCAUCCUGCAAUCUCAAAUCGGCCUAACUGGCACUGUCUCCCGUCUUAUCUCAGCUUGCAACGGUACUGAGUACUUCGCUGCGUCUUGGGUGGCAGUAUUCACCGUCGAGAAAUUCGGUCGUCGUACCUUGAUGAUCUUCGGUGCUGUCGGCAUGUCUCUCUCUAUGGUCGCUCUGGCUGUUGCCGAAGCCGUUGCCGCCUCAAGCGAAGGCCAAAGGAAAACCUCUGCCAGUAUUGCUCAAGUCGUCUUCCUCUUCGUGUUCAACACUUUCUUCGCCGUUGGCUGGCUUGGCAUGACGUGGCUAUACCCAGCUGAGAUCGUGCCAUUGAAGAUUCGUGCCCCUGCCAACGCCCUGUCCACCUCCUCAAACUGGAUCUGGAACUUCAUGGUCGUCAUGAUCACACCCGUCGCAUUCGCCAAUAUCGGAUACAAGACCUACGUUAUCUUCGCCGUCAUCAACGCAUGCAUCGUGCCAGUCGUCUAUUUCUGGUUCCCAGAGACAACCAACCGUUCUCUAGAAGAGAUGGACCGCCUCUUCCGCAAAUCGAACAACAUGUUCGAUAUCGUCUCCCUCGCACGUAACGAGCCGCACAUGUACGGACCAAACGGUGAACUGCUCCGCACUCUCGACGACGUCGAAGAUGAGGCCGUUCGCCGUGCCAGUGUGCUGAGUAACCCGGCUAAAACUGCCGAGCGUUCUCACCACGAGCACAUGACUGAAAUCAAGGAUAGUGAUGGAGGUAGCAGUGAGGAGAAAUAG